CUUUUAACCUAGCAACUCUUUGGCGUAUAAUGCGUUAGAGAUACCUUCGUCCUCCACUUGUUUGUCCUUGAGAGAGGCUCCCUGUUGUGGUAUUGGCUCCUCUGAGAAUUUGUAUUAUUUCUGAGAGGUUUAUCUAAUAAAGGUCAGAAAAGAAAGAAACACAAGAUGGUGAAGGCUUGGUACAUGGACACCAGUGAUGAGGACAAGCGAAAUGAGCAUCACCUUUUGCCACCAGAGUAUGUGACCCUUGAGAAACUUCGUGCUGACACUGGAGUCUUAUACUGGAAGUUGGAUGAGAAAAAUUUUGAACCGGAGCUUGAGAAGAUUAAAUCCAGCCGAGGUUACUCAUACUCAGACGUCAUUCAAGUUUCACCAGAAAAACUCCAAAAUUAUGAAGAAAAGCUCAAAAACUUUUACGAGGAACACAUCCACACUGAUGAAGAAAUUCGUUUUGUCCUGGAAGGCUCCGGCUAUUUUGACGUUCGAGACAAGGAAGACAAGUGGAUCAGGAUUGAAGUGACACCUGGAGACCUCCUGAUUCUCCCAGCUGGAAUCUAUCACCGAUUUACUUUAGAUACGAAGAACUAUAUCAAGGCCAUGAGACUGUUUGUCGGGGUUCCAGUUUGGACUCCACACAACCGACCUGCCGAUGACAUGGACGCUCGCAAAGAGUAUGUAAAGAGGCAGAAAGAGGGCUUUUCAGAGGAGUAAAGGCAGAAGAAAAGAACCAGAUAUGAUGGGGCUUUAUUUUGAUGGUGUUAUUUUGUAAGUUUUGAAAUUUGGGAGGACUUUUGAAAAUUACUGUUCUUUGUUUUAUUGCUGUUUGUUAGCUUGUUGUUGAAAAUAGUACUUUGAUUCUGUUGAUAUUUUAUAUGACUAGUUUUCCGUUUUAUACCUGUCUCAAAACUGUAUGCAGCUCAUGCAAUUAUAUAUAUAUAUA